UAUGCUGAUAUAAGGCAUUUAUAUAUAAAAUUAAUUAUCGUGAUCAAAUGUCAGUUAAGAUGAAGUUAUAUCUGGUAUGUUUGUUGGUUCUUCUUUUUGCAGCCUGUGCUGCUCCCAAUGAUCUACCCGGUGUUCGAGUCGUAGGAGGCGGCGAUGCCGCGCCGGGCCAGUUCACUUACCAGGCCUCAGUCCAAUAUUGCUUCCUGGGUGCCUGCUCGCACGCCUGCGGUGGCGCCAUCAUCGGUUCCCUAUGGGUCCUGUCAGCUGCUCACUGUAUCACCCAAGCCCCCGCCCUUGGCAGCUACCAGAUUUUAGUCGGCGUCCUCAACCUCGACGAUGAGAACCCGGAGAGACAGUUGCACCGCGUCAACUACGCGAUCAUCCACCCGGAAUACGGAGGUGGUAACGCUGACCCCCACGAUCUCGCGAUCUUCAGGCUGGCCACUCCGCUAACCUUCAGCUCCAUGAUUCGACCGAUCAGUCUCCCAGACCAAGACGAAAUCUUCGAGGACGACGCAGUCCUGUCGGGAUGGGGAUCCACCAGUGGAACUAUAAUACCCGAAAUGCCCAAUACCCUCCAGUUUGUUGAGGUGCCCAUCAUUGUUCCUAAAACAUGCAAACAAGCUUUGGAUGCCAUAAUAGGAGACGCACCGAAUCCCCUGGACUUGAAAGCCAACAUUUGUACGGGACCAUUGACAGGAGGAGUCGCCAUUUGCUCUGGAGAUUCUGGCGGUCCGCUGGCUGAUCUCCGAGGAGAAACACUGAUAGGUAUCGCGACUUGGACAGCCAAUCCAUGUGGCAGACCAGGCGCACCUUCUGUCUACAACAGAGUCAGCUACUACACCCGCUGGAUCAGAAAUUCUAUCUCUGUCUAAGUGUGUUCACUUUAUUUACUUUUCAUUUAAUUUCUGAAAUAAAGUACUA